CACAACCAAGAGGUGGCUGUGUGUGGAAAGGGGCAACCGGCACAAAACCCCUCCGUUGCUGACUCCACCGCCAUGGCCAGGCUGUGGCUCCAUCUCUGCGUCUGCCUGCAGAUCCCAGGUUUCUCUACAAAUCUACUUCUAUCCAAGACUCCACACCGUAUUUUAGCCCAAACUAACGAUAAAAUAGAAAUCCUCUGUGAGCUGAAGACGGAGCAUGCUGGGGUGUACUGGUACCGCUGGAGCCAGGAGAAGCAAAAUUUCGAGUUCUUGGUAUUUUCCAACCCAUUUGGCAAAGCCAUAUACGGCACAAACAUCAGCGAGGACAAGUUUAGUGUCCCUGGGGGAAGUUCCCGCACCUCUUACAGCCUGCACGUCUGUAACCUCCAUGCCUCGGACAACGGCACCUAUUACUGCUCCAUCUCCCAGUCCUCCCAGCUCCUCCUGGGCAGCGGGACGCAGCUCAGUGUGGUUGACGUUCUGCCUCCGCCUCCGAAGACCACUCAGGCGCCGCUCUCCAAAAAGCCCGUGCGGUGCGUAACCAAAAGCAAAGGUGCUGACCAGAAAGGUGCCUGCAGCCCCCUGGUCUGGGUCCCCCUGGCCACCAGCGUCCUGGUCCUCCUGCUGAGCCUGGUCCCCACGGCCCACCGCCUCCACCGUCUGCGGAGGAGGCUCUGGCUUCGCAUGCACAGGCAGUAAAUCCCGCUGGCUCCCCCCAUCUCCAGCAGGCAGGGAGAAGCUACGGACCCUCCCCUGCACGAUGCUGAGCCCUGCCUGGAUGUGACCCGGGAAGGACAUUGCACGGGACGGACGUGGGCUUGCACUGCAAGACAGACAAUUCUUUCCUGCGACAGACCAUGACUUUAAUAUUUUCCCUUGAUCCAAUGGCUGGCAAAGGGACCGGGCCGGAUUCUGCAGCAUGCUGAGCAUUUCUCAAAGGGUGCUGAGCAGGGCAAACACCACGGCUGGCUCUGCACCAGGGGCA